CUAGAGCUUUGGAGCGCCGAACUACGCGCUUUUGAUGCACUUCCGUUAGCUAACGAUCGCUUUAGACUCUCGCUCGUCUGAGCCCCGCGGUUGACAGCCGUUAGCCAUUAUUAACUCACUCAAUGCUCUCUUAUAUUAUCAGAAAGUCUUGCUAGCAAAUUCGCGAAGGCACGUUUCGUCGUCGUCGCAAUACAGUUAGCUAACCCUACUUGGCCGCUCACGAAUACGCUUCGCCCACAGACCGUCCCUAUGUCGACAAAAUCCAUGGGUCUCAACGUCCGCACGUCUUCGUCGGCAGGCGGGGACCGGACCAGCUCGGGGGCGCCGACGAGUGCUUCCGGCGAGCAGGUAUCGAACCCUGGCCCAGACUAUCGAACAUCUUUUGCCGAUAGCGCAUCAUCCUACUCCAAACGCGGACUGAAGGUGGAUUGCGGCGAUGGUGUGAGCCCGAGCCUCUCCUCGAAGGCGUCGACGCCUGUGAACAUGCUGAACGUGAGCGACUUCGCGUGCGGCUCACCUGGCUCAGCAAGCAAGAAGGUCAAAGGCGGCUUGCUUCACGACCUGAAGCACUUCUUCACACACCAGCACCAACACGACAGCGGCCGCCCAGGCAGCACCACAGACAGCAGCACCCCACGCGCAUCCCGCGACGGCGGCGCCGCCGCCGGCCACCGCUCCCACGCGCUCACGGCACAUCUGUCACACGGCGGCGGGGCAUCUUCCAUGACGGAUGCCGCUGCCGCCACCCCGCCCGACACUCCCGUGCUCGCUGCCUCUGCCUCCGCUACAGCAGCCGGCUCCCCGGCGGCCUCCGAGGGCGGCGGAGCCGACGGUGCCCGCGCCGCCGCCGCCGCCGCUGCGCGCCGCCACGGCUUCCAUUUCCGCAUCCGGCUUGGUCGCAAACACGAUGCCACUGUGUCGUGCGACGGCAGCGUUCGCGGCCGCGGCGGCGGCAGUGUCAGUCAACAGGUCGGGCUACCCACCUCGCCAGUGCGCAUGCCAGCGGCGGCCGCAGCCGCACCGCUGUCGCCCACUCCCUCCAUGAGCGCUGGCCGGCCCAUGUCGCCUACUGCCAACGCCAGCGGCGAGGGCGGGUGGCACGGUGGUGGCCUCUUUGCCACGCUCUCGCACGGCUGGGGCGGCGGUGGCGCCAGCGGCAAGAGCCUGGCUGCUCGGGCCUUCCGCCGCUUCUCACACGCCGUGCACUCGGUCGCGGGCGGCUCCCCACCCUCCACCACCGUUGCCGUCACGCCCAGCGGUGUGCUGUCUGGCGGCGCGGGUAGCCUGCUCAGCACCGGCAGCCUCAGCGGCGCCGGCACGGGCGGUGUCGCCGGCGCUGGUGGCCACUACUGCCACCACAACCACCACCACCACCACCACACGGCGUCGCACCGCCAACUCCGGACCAUGAGUCAGUGCAGCAGCAACGGUGGUGACGACUACUGCGGCGGACCGGACAGCUACGGCAGCGGGGGCGCCUCCGGCACUGGCACCAGCGCCGCCGCGCACCUCUUCGCCAGCAUCAGCAGCGGUUCUAUUCCGCAGAUUGCGGUCAUGCCCCGCCACCACCACCACAACCACCACCAUCAGCACCACCAUCACCACCACCUUGCGGCGACGGCGGUGGUGAGCGGCACGCCUGGCAGCCUCCGUGGCGGCGGCGGCUCGGGUGUGCUUCACAGCGUCGCCGAGCACGGCGGCAUUGGCUGCGAGCAGCAGCAGCAGCAGCAGGCGGCUGAUGCCAUGGUGGCAGCAGCCAACACCGGCUUCGGCAGCCUACCGCCGCGGCCGGGCCAGGGCGGCGACGCCACCAGCGCUACCUACACCUACACCUCCGACUCCAUCGCACUGCCUGUGCAGCAGUGCCUGGGCGCCGCCGCCUCUCCCUUCGCGGUCAGCAGCGUCAACAACCCGGCGGCGGCGGCGGCCGCCGCCGUGGCGGCGGCCGCGUCCGCGGCCACCCCGCGCCGCGGCGCUUUCCGUGUCGCAAGCCGCCCGAUUGCGAUCGCCAGCACGACUAGCUGGAGUGGCACGCCGCCGACGCAGCCGCAGCCGCCGGGCUCGGCUCCCAACGGCAGCACCGCGGCAGCCGCCGGCCACCACGUAGGCCGCGGGCAGGGUGGCUUCGGCGCCGCAAGCAGCAACAACUUCGAGAGCACCCAGUCUCUGUCCGCCCUUGGUGGCUCGCCGCCGUUUCCGAGCCGCCAGGACCACUACCUCCGUGAGAGCGCCGGCGCCGGCAGCAGCGGCCACCUGGGCGCUGUCGUCCACAGCGGCGGCCACCCGCACCCGCACCACCACCAGCAGCACCACCACCAGCACUCCUCGCUCCUGCACCACCAGGCCACCAGCCUCUCCGCCGCACAGCUCUGUGGCCUGGCCGGCGACAGCAGCUCCUCCCUCCUGGCUGCGGCGGCGGCAUCGCCCUCCUCGCCGGUGCCGUCGGGCGCCCUGGCACCGCCGCGGCCGCUGGCGCCGCCGCGGCCCCUGGCGUCACUGCCACAUCUGCCGCAGCAGCAGCCGGCGGCGACAACCCCCAGCUCCCUGCCGCAGCCCCAGCGCUUGUCUGGCCUGACGUCGCUGGCGACCAUGUCCGUGAGUGCCAUCUCGGCCUCAAGCUCGCUCUUCCGGAGCGCCGGCAUCGGCGGCGGUGCUGCUGCCACGGGUUCGCCCUCCGCGGCCGCCGCCGCUGAUGCCGGGUCCGUGCAGCACACCGGCGGAGCCGGCGCAGCCACUGCUGCCGCCGCCGCCGCCGCGGCGGCGUUCGCGCUCGUUGCCAAUCAGGAGCCCCAGAGCGAGUCCCGUAACGGCUCGGAGUCCCUCAGUCGAUCCGCCUCCCCCGCCGGCGCGGCCACUCAGGCCGAGGCCAAGGCCGAAGCAGCGGGGGCGGCCGCUGCCGCCCUUGCCGCGACCGUCGCCCUUGCUAAGCCCGCCGCCGCCACCACCCAAGCCGCGCCUCUGCCUACACCGCCUACGCCGCCACACCACCAGGCCCACCACCAGCACCACUCAGCGCAGCCAGUGGUGGACGUGGCGGCGGCGCUCCAGGCGCACAGCCGCGCCAGCAGCAGCGCCAGUGACGCCCACCACCACCACCACCACCACCAGCACCAGCACCCGGCCGAGCCGCCCAGCCUCAUCCUGGCGGUCAACGCCGCCGCGCCGCCCGCCAUGCGCCGCCGCGCCUGGGCCCUGUCGGACUACGAGGUGUUGCAGCGGGUGUACAAGGGGUCCUCGUCAGCCGUGUACCGGGCCGUGUGCCGCCGCUCCGGGCUGCCUGUGGCGCUCAAGGUUUACUUCAUGGCUCGUGUGCCCGCCAACACGCUGCACAUGCUGCGCCGCGAGAUUGAGCUGCACAUCGGCCUGGCGCACAAGAACAUCAUUAUGCUGUACGGAGCUUUCACUGAUGGAAAGCACCUGGUGCUGGUCCAGGAGUGGGCGGCACGUGGUGACCUGUAUGGCAUCCACCGCCUCAUGAACUGCCGCCUGACCGAGACGCAGACCACGGAGCUGGUGCUCGCCCCCUUCCUGGAUGCGCUGGCGUCGCUGCACCGGCGCGGCAUCGUGCACCGCGACAUCAAGCCCGAGAACAUCCUGUACACGCAGGGUUGGACGCUCAAGAUUGCGGACUUUGGGGUGUCAAUCUGCCUGAAUGAUGAGCGGGCGGUGACGCGGACCGGCACCGUCGACUACAUGGCCCCCGAGGUCGAGCGCUGCCCGCUCAAGCGCACGGCCGAGGAGAACAAAAACAACCCGAACCUCGCCUACACCGCAUCUGUUGACAUCUGGUCGGUCGGUGUGCUGGCGUACGAGAUGCUGGUCGGCUUCCCGCCCUUCGUGUCGGAGGCAAAUGAGCAAUCCGAGAAUGCGAAAGCGUCCUUCACCAGGCCAAGCAUGGCAGCCUUUAUGGCUGCGGAGGCCAACACCCGCGCGCUCUCCUUCCCCUCGUCGCUUUCGGAGCCGGCACGUGACUUCAUCCGGGCCGCUCUAAGCGAAAACCCCAACGACCGGCCCACGGCUGAGCAGCUGCUGAAACACCCGUGGCUGGUGCCGGCGGUGGAGCAGCAGCAGAAACUCGCUGCCACGGCCGCCGCUGCAGCCGCCGCAGCCGCUGCGGCAGCAGCAACAGCUGCGGCCAGCUAAGUCGCAAGGGGCUUGCCGCUGGGGCAUAGGAACGGUGAAGCAUUAAAGCACAGAGCCCGCGGCUGUGCCGGCCGCACCUUACGUGUACGCACCACGCCGUGUGUGAUGCACAGACGGCGCAAGAGUCAUUGAAGUUAGCAUGAUGGUGGUGGCUGCCUGUUGCUUUCGCCCGGACGUGCGGGUGGGGCGCGGCACCGGACGCGGGGGGGCUUGAGGCCCCCGGUUAACCCCGAAACCAGGAGAAGAUGAAAGGCCGCGGACAUGCAAAAGAGUGGACAUCAGGUAAAGCACAACUCGGCAGGCAGGCAUUUAUUCCGUUGUCAGCGGGAAGCGCAUCCUGCGCCCGCCUCGGUUCUGAUUCUGAAACACAACACCAACCAUACCAGUCAUGAGUCUGGGGGAGGUAUUCGUUUCUUGUUUGAUACUCAAAGAGAUCCUAAACGCAAAAUCAGCCGGUAGGAUGAGUCUGGGGGAGGAGAGCCGCGGGUGGCAUUACUCAAUACUGUACAUGGAGGUCGGUGGGCAUUUCAUAUCCGGUUCGUUCCCUCCGUUGUAGAAAGGCCCAGCGUGAGCUAUGUGCAGGAAGGGCGUUUAAAUAACGUUUCAGUGGCUGUUCAACAUGCGCACAUGGUCACUGGUUGGGUUUGCGUGUGGGCUCACGAUGCUUGUGCUCAUUAUUCAUACACGUGUGUUCCGUUCCCUUCGAUCAUUUGCAUAUGCUUUGGGUUUGCCAUCCAGUGAAAUCGUUUCGGCUCUUUGUGUGGGUUUCGUCUGUCAUGUGCGAUUGUGCUUAGUGGGCUCUCGCACAGUCGCAUGCUUCUGCUGCUGCUCUUUCGCUGCUUCACGAUGAUCCAGGGCCUGCGCGAUGUUCCGAGAUGGAUCUGGCUUCAAGCCAUGGCCACUCCAUGGGUCGUGUGCGGCUGCUCUUGGCGUGCAUCCAACGCGCACUUUUGAUGCGCCCCUGAAGCAUGCCUGCCAAGUGUGUGACGGCCUUACGUAAUGGCGAUGAAGGAAAUUACGGAAGGCGCCGCCUGAGGCAACACGUCCACGCAUGACGCGUUAAGUGGAGGUAGGUUAGCGAGCACACUGAACAGGGCGGUGCUUCUUAUGCGUUACGCUGUGCUUUUCACGAUAUUUGUGAUCGCACCAAGGUUGCUUGUUACGUAGGGCACCCGCCGCCGGCCGGAGUGUUGCGUGUGCAGCGCCACGCAGGUCAGCACGGGCGUGUUGGGUGGUGGCGGUGAGGAGGGCAUGACAAGUAGGCACGUUUACGGACGCGUGUGUUGCUCACGGGCGUAUUGUUACAACGGAUAACAGUCCUGGGGCAGCGCACCGCAUUGGGCGUCAAGUACGCAUAUGCAGUUGCGGGCUUGCAAGUUCUGGCUUGGAUUUAUUGUUCGUAAGUGGCCAGGGCCCACGUCAAUCACAUGGUGACUUCAUAGCUGUAGCCAUGCCGGUUGUGCUGUGCGAUAUCGAUGAAGGGGGUGUUACUUUAUAAGUUCAUGAAUGCGGAUGUUACAGAGGGGACAGUCCCAGCACCCGAAGACGCCGAGCCAGUUUAUGGUCUGGCACACUACGCUAAUGCAAGCAUGGGCCUUGCAUGGGCCAUGGGACUGCGGUGGGAUCGCAAGCUCGGCUUGGAAUGCCGGUGACGGGGCUUACUCAUGGCGCGCCUUAGUUAUUACGGUUUGGCGGCCCGUGCACAUUACUGAUUGGGGUGGUGUGUCAUGGGCGGUGCAUAUCAACUACCCGGGGGGAAGGGACUUGCUGACCGCGGUGUGGUGCGUAGCAUGCGCGCACACAGGAGGGCUGCUGCCUGUAGUCGGGUGGCCGCGAGCCUAUUUGCACAUGUGAUGCGGUUUCGCGCGAGUGUUAUCGAGGUUAGCAUGGGGGUGGCAGUAGCUGACUGUUGCUUUGGCCCGAACGGUCGCAAUGGUACAGUUUGUUAUCGGCAGGAGAUCACGAAUAGGUUUGGAAUUGUGCAAUCCCGAGCCCUAAUAACGUUACUGCAGUUAGUCACAUUCUUGAGAGGUGAGCCCACCAGUUCAAUAAGUGGGUUUCAUCUGCUGAGACACAUGCAUCGACCCAGCAGUUCGGCCAGUGUCAUCCACCCUUGAUCGUGCAUACUUUGGCAACAGAACAGGGGCCACACGGGUCCUGCUGGUAGCUGGCUUCUCUUGGUUGUUCAUCCGUUGCUUUUGGCGCUGGCGUGCAUUUCGAAAUUAUUUUUGUGGUGUUCAUUCAGGUGGGGAAUGGCCGUGUGGGACCUGUAUCAGACGUGGGACAUACGGUAUUCGCAAAUUGGGGGCUCCUCCUGAGGCAUGGGUUGGAUUCCUCGGGCCGCAUGGUUACGUGCAGGAGCCCCUAGCGUUUGGUGCUCGCGUCAGGCGAGUUGCACGUUCUUUGACGCAUUUUUAGGCACUGGCUGU